UGUAUAUGAGCGCAAGCGGCGGGAUGGUUCUCUCUUUUACCGCCAUAAGAGCGGAGUCUUUUGCUUUGCGACCGCUUCACUGCGUAGAUCCACCUAGUCAAGCCGCCAGCUAAAGCAUCACUCGAGACUUGGCUAAGAUGGCAGACAUGGACAAUAAGGACCAGGCUGAGCUGGACCCGGCAGAUUUGGAGGACGUGGAGGACGUGGAAGAGGAGGAGACUGGAGAGGAUGUCAACAGCAAAGCUCGUCAGCUCACCGUGCAGAUGAUGCAGAACCCACAGAUUCUGGCUGCGUUGCAGGAGAGGCUGGACGGCCUGGUGGGCUCGCCGUCAGGAUACAUGGAGAGCUUACCGAAGGUAGUGAAGAGACGGGUCAACGCCCUAAAGAACCUACAAGUGAAAUGCGCCCACAUUGAGGCCAAGUUCUACGAAGAGGUCCAUGAACUGGAGAGAAAGUACGCCGCUCUCUACCAACCCCUCUUCGACAAGCGAAGUGACAUAGUUAAAGCAGCCUAUGAGCCCACAGAGGAGGAGUGUGAGUGGAAGGCUGAUGAGGAGGAAGAGUUGACAGUAAGUAAGCAGGAGGAGAUGAAGGAGAAGGCCAAGGUGGAAGAGGAGAAGAAGGAUGAGGAGAAGGAGGACCCCAAAGGCGUUCCCGAGUUCUGGCUAACGGUUUUCAAGAACGUCGACCUGCUUAGCGACAUGCUGCAGGAACAUGAUGAACCCAUCCUCAAGCACUUACAAGAUAUCAAAGUCAAAUUCUCGGACCCUGGCCAGCCCAUGAGCUUUUCUUUAGAAUUUAACUUUGAGCCCAAUGAGUUCUUCACAAACACUUUGUUGACAAAAACCUACAAGAUGAGGUCUGAGCCUGAUGAGAACGACCCCUUCUCCUUCGACGGGCCUGAGAUCAUGGGCUGCACAGGUUGUACGAUCGACUGGACGAAGGGCAAGAACAUCACCUUGAAGACCAUCAAGAAGAAGCAGAAGCACAAGGGGCGUGGCACAGUCAGGACGGUCACCAAGACAGUCCCCAACGACUCUUUCUUCAACUUCUUCACCCCGCCUGAUGUCCCUGAAAGUGGAGAUCUGGACGAGGACUCUGAGGCUGUCCUCGCCGCUGACUUUGAGAUCGGCCACUUCAUCCGCGAGCGUAUCGUCCCCAGGGCUGUGCUGUACUUCACGGGGGAGGCCAUCGAGGAUGACGAUGAUGAUUACGAUGAGGAGGGAGAGGAGGCUGAUGACGAGGAGGGUGAGGAGGAGGGAGAGGAGGAGAAUGACCCUGACUAUGACCCCAAGGUUUAAGUGAUGUCUGUAGAAAAUAACCCUCUCCUGAAAGACGCAAAUCCCCCAGCCGAGUGCAAGCAGCAGUGAAGGCUGUGGCUUUGAGGAUCAACUGCACUGUAACAGCUUCUCAAAUAAAACACUUACUUACGCCUUAUAAUGUUUUGUAUUUUUCUUGGUAGAAAUAAAAAAAAUAAAUAAAGGGUUUCAAGAUUUUUGUUACAAAAACCUCCUAAUAUAAUGUGAGCAGUGGCUCGAUAUGCAUAGUAUUUUACUAGACCCCCACCCCCCUGUACAAAUAGUUAGAAUGCCACAAACUCCCUGAAAGCAUGAUCUUGUUUCUCUCACUGCUAAACUAGUUUGGGUUCUUGUGAAGUUUUUUGUUGUAUUGCUCUUGGACAACAGCUGUGGUUAGACUGCAUUGAGGCAGGUGAUGAGAAAGCUAACCUAUUCCUUUUCCCUCGCGCUACCAAAGUUACCGGUCAGUUCAGGUUGUGAGUUGGAGUUCUUUUGUCAUUGUAUUAGUGGGCCUCGAGCACGGUCAGAGCAAAACCCUGCAUUUAGUCAUGGCUAAUGAAAAACUUUGAAUCGCUGUGCACAUUUGGCCACUCAAGCAUGCCAUUUAGAGCAGGGAAAGUGGUUAUUGGCCACUUGUUUGGGCUGAAUCAAGUUGUCAUUCUAAAACAUUCCAGUUUGCAGACUGACAGGCAUUGGACGUUUGAAUGCUCUCUUGGGAUGAAUAUUACCUCGACUACGUGGUCUGAUUUGUUAAAGAAACAGAACCAUGUGUUAGCUGCUAAAUUUAAUGAGCCGAGUCUGCAACUUAU